UUGAAACCAGUUCAUCUAUACGGGCGACCAGGCCAUCUCUAGCAUUUCAAGAUUAAUCGAUGAGUACGGUUAUCGACGGCGCUGCGAGUAAAACAAUACAAAAUUAUGUUCUUUUUUGUCAUAAAAUAAAUAAGAAACGAAUUAGACCACUGUAACAUACGAAUAUUCCAAAAUGUCGAAUGCCCAGCGCUCGUUUGUGCAAAAAGUUUCAAAGCAGUCGGCUGCGGAUGUACGAAAAAAUGUUUCUGGUUGCCAUUUAUCAAAGGCAAUAGACUCGUCACUGUGUGGUUCGUCGGUGUCCCCGACAGAGCCUCUUGAUUACGAAGAAUUUCUUUCGCAGCAUAUGAACAUUAUCAACCGGGACCCCUUGAAACAAAUACUGGACUUUCCUCAAGGAGAUGUAACUGUAAAAAUCAUUCCCCGAAAAAUCCGAACUGUUGAUCACGUUAUUCCCAACGAGAAUUUGUCUGAUUUGCCCCAUCACGUACAAGAAUGUGUGAACUGCUAUACGCGCCCAUGGAAGGUGGUGGAAUAUGCACAGCGGCACCUUUCCAGCUCUUGCUAUAUCCGCGAGCGUAUCGACCGCGGAACCAUAAGUCCCUCCGCGUACCAGCAGGAAUUCGAGAUCGACAAGGAUUUUUCGUCAUUUGAAGAAGCAUUCGCCUAUAAAAGCGAAAGCUGCACUCCAAGUUCUCGGCAAUCCAUUGCAAGUUUGGCUUCAGUUAGCUCUUGUACGGACACUUUGACACCGCGUGGUUCUUGGGCUAGCUUUGAUCUUCGACGCUCGGUUAAUGACCCACUAAUACCCAAUUUGCUUGACAAUGUACCUCCGGAGCAUAUUGAUCAGUCCAAUGAAGCACGCCGGCAGCAAGAUCGACAAAUGGCUCUUUUCUCACUGUAUCCGGAAUCUGAAGCGGAGGAAUGCAUUGAACGCCGCCUGCUCGCGGAGAUUCCUGUUGAACAUAUGGGUCAUCGCAUUCAGGUUAAAUGCCUACAGCUUCGGCUUGAGCUGGAAGUAGAACCAAUUUUUGCAUCGAUGGCCAUCUAUGAUGCUAAAGAACGGCAAAAAAUUUCAGAAAAUUUCUAUUUUGACAUGAACGCAGAUAGUCUUAAACGCAUGUUGUCAAGUCAUGUGCAGUGCGCAGACAUAAGUACCCAGAGCCACUCAGCCAUAUUUGAAAUUUCAUAUCCGAGUAAUGAUUUGUUUCUCGUGAUUCGUCUGGAAAAAGUUUUGCAGGGUGACAUAAACAAUUCUGUCGAGCCGUAUCUCAAGGAAGACAAAGAUAAAUACCGAGAGAAAGUAAAAUCCAACGCGGUAGACUACUGUGAGCGACUAGGCAAGUACCGAAUGCCGUUUGCAUGGACAGGAAUCUACCUCACAAAUGUUUUUAAUGGCGAUAACUUUGAAAGCAAAGACGCUGGCGCCGCGGAGCGGGAUUCUUUCGGAAGUGGUACGGGCAGCAGCUUGGGUACAGCGGCAAGCUCCAAUAGCUUAGAUCGUAAGUCUUCCACAAGUAGCUUUGAUCAACUAAGGCGAAAGGCGAACGAUAUGAGCGGAACACUAACCCGACGCGGUUCGCUUGAACGAAAGGAGAAGCACCGAUCCUGGUCUCCAGAUGACUUUGCAAACGUGGUAGAAAACUUUCGUCCUAUCACUAUAACAGUACCAAGCUUCUUCAAACAAGAGCCAGAUAAAAUGAAAGACGAGGAUUUGUACAAAAUUUUACCAGAGCUAAAAAGACCGGGUUCAGUUAUGAAGAAGUACAAAUGCAUACCAGGUUCUAUUAAAUUAGAAAUAUCACCAUGCGUCGAGGAAGCCAAGAAUGCCUUAACUCCAGAGUUGGCCAGUAUUAACCCUCAAAGUGCGGAUAACGUUCGCCCAGUUAAAGAAAUUUUAGAAUUUCCGCAAUCGGCAAUUUACAACCCACAUUAUACCUAUCGCAAUCUGCUCUUUGUGUCACCAAAGGAGCUAAAUUUCUCCUCGCGUGCAGGAUCUGCUCGAAACAUUGCCGUUCGCGUACAACUAAUGGCUGGAGAAACCCCAAAAGAUGCGGUCAAUGCCAUCUACGGCAAGUCGUCUUGUCCAAAAUUUUCUACUGAAGCAUUUACGGCGGUCAAUUAUCAUAACAAAUGCCCAUCUUUCUACGAUGAAAUAAAAAUAGCCCUGCCUGCAUCAAUAAAACAGCAUCACCAUUUAUUGUUUACCAUUUACCACGUUUCAUGUCAAAAGAAACCGCAGGAUUUGCAGCCGUCAGUAGAGACCCCUAUCGGCUACACAUGGUUGCCCUUACUGGAAGAUGGAAAACUUAAAUUUGGAGAAUUUAAUCUUCCUGUUAUGGUAGAAUCACCACCGGAAAAUUACUCUUUUAUACCACCGAAUGUUCAUCUGCCUGGAAUUAAAUGGCUGGACAAUCACAGAGCUGUGUUUUCAAUUAAUGUAGAAGCAGUGACCGCAAUUCAUACUUUGGAUUCCUUCCUUGAUCGAUUCUUCUUAAUUUGCGAAUAUCUAGACACUCGAAAUAUACCUUCCCACAUUGGUGAAAAUAAUAUAGAGACAGAAUUAAAGAAAUGCUUGCUGGAUAUCGAAUAUGCAAAUCGUGAGCCAUUAGUGAGGCAUCUACCAUUAGUCUUGGAUAAGCUUAUUGAAUUGCUGGUAGUGACCCACAAAGUUAGUGGACAAGCAAUGUCUCUGGGAUCUACGGUUUUCGAAGUUCUUUGCUUAGUAUCAUCUUUGUUGUCAAUACUUAAUGACGAUCAAUAUGACCAAUACGGACGGCAAAGUUUGCUAUCAACAUAUGUGCAAUUUCAAUGUAAAAUUCCGCACCCAUUUCAAAGCAAACAGCGACUAACAUGCAGUCGCAGCACAACAGAGGACUUGCAAUUAAGCGAAUCGUACACCCUAUAUGAUAAUGUGCUAGCAAGUGGCCGAAGUUUGGAUCGCAAAGAAAUAUCCAUAGAUAUCCUUCAAUCGAUGGCUGCUCGGGAUGUCCAAGUCAGGCUGCUGCACGAAGAAUUAGCCCUGCAUUGGGUCGUUGCAAGUGGAAAGGCAGCAGACUUAGCCAUGUCAAAUUCGUGGUUUUUAUUUGAGCUUAUAGUCAAAUCUAUGAUUGAACAUUUGCAUUGUUCAAAUACUUUGAACGGUCCCCGCAAACAUCGAUUUCCUCAUCAGUUUAAUGAUGAUCUAUCCACCCUGGUGCACUUAGUUACAACAAAAGUUGUCGGCUACCAUAGUAACGAACCUAAAUUAGCGCAGUCAUUAAAUGCAAGUUUAGGCUUUUUCAUAUUUGACAUACUAAGCAUCAUGGAUCGGGGAUUUGUGUUCGGCCUGAUCAAAACGUACACCAAGGUUUUGAUUUCUAAGAAUGCUUCAAUACCUGAUCUAAUGAACUAUAAAAUAGACUUCUUAAGAAUUGUCUGUAGUCAUGAGCACUUUGUUGCUUUAAACUUGCCGUUUGGAACCUCAUACACAAUGGUAACUGCGCCUUGCAGUCCCACUCCAAGCACAACGUCGAGCAACAGCCAAACUUCUUGCGGAUCACUAGACAGAGCUCUACACGCUGACCUUAGUCAAGAAUUCCUCCAGCAACAUUUUCUAAUCGGUCUUGUACUGAGCGAUUUGGCAGCAGUAAUGGAGGUGCCAAACCCCCAAUUACAUGGAAAAGCGAUUCGGUGUAUUCGCAACCUAAUGACAUCUCACGAUUUGGACGCUCGGUAUAGCGAAACUGAUGCGCGUGCAAGGGUGGCUGCUUUAUACAUACCGCUUCUUUCCAUAGUGAUGGAUUCCAUUCCUCAGCUGCAUCAGCACGGCCUUGAGCAAGAUCGUCUGCAGCAAAUCGGUCAACUUGAAGACUAUCAAGGACCACAUCAAACUAUUACAACAUCAACCAUAAAUCCGGAAGUGGCAUUUGCAAUAUCGGGAAGUCGUCCCUACUCCUACUUGAAUGAACAGGUUAAAAACAAGUUACCCCUUAGCUCAGAGAAUACUCGCCAUUUAUUGGUGUGUUUUCUGUGGGUGCUAAAAAACUUGGAGCGCAACGUUUUAUACCGCUGGCUUUUGGAUUUAAGUCCGCAUAGAGUGCACCAAAUGCUUCAAGGUGUUAAUGUUUGCCUGAAAACUUUCGAGUACACCGGACAAAAAAACGUCGCCACUCUUAAACGAACGAAUACACAAAGUUUUAGGAAAACUGCAUCUACUGAUGUUAAGGAAAAGUUGGAGGAAUGUAUUAGAGGCACAAAUUCAGCACGUUAUGAUUUAAUAAAUCGCCGAAAAGAUCGUAAUUCAACAGAGAAAUUCCGCUGGAGGAAAGACCAGAUGCCAUAUCGCUCACAAUAUUCUGAUGGAGUGGGAAAAAGUGAGCAUGAACUUGAAUUGAGUCAUUUUAUCGAAGGCUCUUUGGCUACUGAAGUUGCUCUUGUACUGCUCGAUACCCUGGAAAUUAUUGUUCAUGUUGCUGCCAACCUGUAUCAUAAUCUUCUUGGAACUGUACUGAAGGUGCUUCUGCAUUCUUUGUCUCGAAAUCAAUCUACUUUGGCCCUGCAAAACUUGUUUGCCUCCCAGCGCGCAUUAAUUUUUAAAUUUCCAAAUUUAUUAUUCGACGACGAGACCGACAUAUGUGCGGAUUUGUGUCUGAUUUUGCUAAAACAUUGCGGAUCCCUUUUGCCAGGAAUACGAUCACAGGCUGCUGCAUCACUAUAUUUACUAAUGAGACAAAAUUUCGAAAUUGGAAAUAACUUUGCCCGAGUUAAGAUGCAAGUGACGAUGUCUUUAAGCUCCCUGGUUGGGACAAGUUCGGUAUUUAGUGAGCAAUCUUUACGCCGUGCGCUUAAAACAGUGCUAGUUUAUGCUGAAUCCGACUCCGACCUGCAGGAGACAUCUUUUCCUGAGCAAGUACAAGAUUUGCUUUUUAACCUGCAUAUGAUACUGUCAGAUACAGUAAAAAUGAAGGAGUAUCAAGAAGAUCCAGAGAUGUUGCUUGACCUCAUGAAUCGUAUUGCCAAAGGAUACCAAAAUAACCCUGAUCUACGGCUGACUUGGCUGGAAAAUAUGGCUAAAAAACACCGCGAGCGGGCCAAUCACACGGAAGCAGCCAUGUGCUAUGUACAUGCUGCUUCUUUAGUCUCUGAAUAUCUUAGCAUGUUGGAGUCACAAACGCAUUUGCCUGUUGGAGCUGUAAGUUUUCAACGAAUUUCUCCCAACACACUAAUGGAGUCGGCCGUGUCUGAUGAUGUGCUAAGUCCCGGCGAGGAUGGUAUCUGCCUAGGAAAUCAUUUCACUGAAACUGGGCUAAAGGCCUUGCUGGAAGAAGCCUCCAAUUCCUUUCAAGUAGCUGGCAUGUAUGAAGCUAUGAACGAAGUGUACAAAAUUCUAAUACCCAUAUGCGAGGCUAACAGAGAUUUUCAAAAGCUAAGCAAAGUUCAUGGCAAAUUGCAGGAGGCAUUUAAUCGAAUAUCCCAGCUACAGGGUAAGAGAGUUUUUGGAACAUACUUUCGUGUUGGCUUCUACGGCGGAAAAUUCGGAGACUUGGAUCAGCAGGAAUUCAUUUAUAAAGAGCCAACCUUGACAAAGUUGCCCGAAAUAUUUAGUCGACUACAGAAUUUUUACACUGAACGAUUCGGACCGGACUCUGUGCAUAUCAUUAAAGAUUCCAAUACAGUUGACGUAAAUAGUUUGGAUCCCGAUAAGGCUUACAUUCAAAUAACUUAUGUUGAACCCUAUUUCGAAACAUAUGAAAUGCGUCAUCGUGAGACAUACUUUGAACGGAAUUUCAAUAUAAAACGUUUUAUAUAUGCCACGCCUUUUACCAAAAAUGGUAAGGCCCAUGGCGAACUACAUGAGCAGUGUAAGCGGAAGACGAUCUUGACCACGGCGAAUCACUUUCCCUACGUAAAAACACGCAUUAUGGUAAUUAGCAGACAGCAAAUAGUCCUGGAACCCAUUGAAGUGGCAAUUGAAGAUAUUCAAAAAAAGACAUUGGAGUUGGCGGCUGCCACGAAUCAAGAGCCAGCAGACCCCAAAAUAUUGCAAAUGGUGCUCCAGGGAUGUAUUGGAACGACUGUUAACCAAGGACCGAUGGAAAUGGCCAGUGUAUUCCUUUCCAAUUUAUCCGACGGAACAACUGUACCGACAAAGCACCAAAACAAACUUCGGUUAUGCUUUCGCGAGUUUUCAAAACGUUGUGCUGAUGCUUUGAAAAAGAAUCGCAAUCUAAUACUUUCAGAUCAAAAAGAUUACCAAAGAGAAUUGGAACGUAACAACGACCGGUUCAUUGAACGAUUGACUCCUUUUAUUACUCUUACAUCAGUUCAGAAUCAUGGCGUUGUCAAGGCCAACGCGUACAACAACAAAAGUACUCCUUUGAAAUGGUAACUCCUUGCACGACAUAGUCUGCAACCAAAUUAUAACAAUACUUUUGGUCUUUCAUGUCUAGCGUAUCGGAUUAUUUUAAGUAAAACAUUAAUCUUAACUUAUAGAUCUCUAUACUUGCUAAUUAAACAGCGUAACACUCUAAUACAUUAAGCAAAAUAUUAUAAAGCAAAAGAAAUAAAUUUUACACUUUUUUACUUUUACGAAA